GUGCACCCCAAAAAGUCCAAGACACACAACGGGGCUGGCUGGGGCGUUCACGCCGUUCCCCUAUCUUCCGGUUCCGGCCUACCCCAUCUGGCCCUGCCCGUCUGGCCGUCUCCUUCCUCGCGCAUCUCUUUAUAAACCCACCUGCCGCCGUCCUCUCCCCUACCUCUCUCGCCUCCCCUGCUGCCGGUGCCGGUAUCUUCGUUACUGCUGCGGCUGCGGUUCUUCAGGGCUAGUACUCCCGGGCCGUGUCUGUCAGCGACGACCAAGCAGAGGUUCCUCGGCCAUACCAUUCCGCGGUCGUAUAAUAAAAUCCGCACCACCAAGCACACAGCUUCACGGGAAGAGCGAAUUAAGCAGCGGUGGUCGCGUCGCCGUCGCCGUCGCGUGCCCGUGCCAAGAAGACGAAGGCCAAGGCCAACCACCAGGCCAACACGCUACCUGCCUGGGCAGGAACGGCAAGGCUGAUGGUCCAGGACGAAGGCUCCUCGUCGUCGGUCACAUCGUCCUCGCUGCACAACUUCUCCACCAUGCCGCUCCACGCAUCCCCCGGCGCGGGGGCCGCCGCGUCCCCGACGACGCCGCCGUGGCUGGCGCGCGAGCUCCGCUCCGACGAGCGUGGCCUCUGCCUCAUCCACCUCCUCCUCAACUGCGCCGCGGCGGCGGGCGCGGGCCGGCUGGACGCCGCCAACGCGGCGCUCGAGCACAUCGCGGCGCUGGCGUCCCCGGACGGCGACGCCAUGCAGCGCGUGGCCGCCGCCUUCGCGGAGGCGCUGGCGCGGCGUGCUCUGCGCGCGUGGCCUGGGCUGUGCCGCGCGCUGCUCCUGCCCCGUGCCGGCCCCACGCCUGCCGAGCUCGCCGUCGCGAGGCGCCACUUCCUCGACCUCUGCCCGUUCCUCCGCCUCGCGGGCGCCGCCGCCAACCAGUCCGUGCUGGAGGCCAUGGAGUCGGAGAAGAUCGUGCACGUCGUCGAUCUAGGCGGCGCCGACGCCACGCAGUGGCUCGAGCUGCUCCACCUGCUGGCCGCGCGGCCCGAGGGCCCGCCGCACCUCCGCCUCACCGCCGUGCACGAGCACCGGGACGUGCUCACGCAGACGGCCAUGGUGCUCACCAAGGAGGCGGAGCGCUUGGACGUGCCGUUCCAAUUCAACCCCGUCGUGUCCCGGCUGGAGGCACUGGACGUGGAGUCGCUCCGCGUGAAGACCGGCGAGGCGCUGGCCGUCACCUCCAGCCUGCAGCUGCACUGCCUCCUGGCCUCCGACGACGACAGCUCCGGCAAGGACGGCCACCACCACCAGAGCAGCAACGGCAAAGGCGGGGACACGAACAAGCGGCCGCGGAGCCCGGAGUCCGGCGUGUCCCCGUCGACGUCGCGCGCGGACGCGUUCCUGGGCGCGCUGUGGGGCCUGUCGCCGAAGGUGGUCGUGGUGACGGAGCAGGAGGCAUCGCACAACGCGGCGCCGCUGACGGAGCGGUUCGUGGAGGCGCUCAACUACUACGCGGCGCUGUUCGACUGCCUGGAGUCGGCGGCGCCUCGCGGGUCGGUGGAGCGCGCGCGCGUCGAGCGCUGGCUCCUCGGGGAGGAGGUGAAGAACAUCGUGGCGUGCGACGGCGCGGAUCGGCGGGAAAGGCACGAGCGGCUGGACCGAUGGGCGGCGCGGAUGGAGGGCGCCGGCUUCGCACGCGUCCCGCUCAGCUACUACGCGCUGCUGCAGGCGCGGCGGGCGGCGCAGGGGCUGGGAUGCGACGGGUUCAAGGUGCGCGAGGAGAAGGGCGCCUUCUUCCUGUGCUGGCAGGACCGCGCCAUCUUCUCCGUCUCCGCCUGGCGCGGCCGCCGCUUCGACUGAUCUGAUGAACCGACGCGUCGACGCCGGCGCCGGCGCCUCGACGGGCGGCGCGCCGUGGGCCGUGGGCCGUGGCCUUCCCGUAUUUGUGCGAAGGAGACGGGCCGUCCGUCGUAGCGUUGGCGUCAGGUGGCCGUCACGCACGUUGUCUUGUUUUGGUCAUUUUGUGUGUUUUCUGUUACUCCGUAUCUAGUUAGAUUUUAAUCAGGUCAGAUGGAGUCGAUGAUGAUGUGUUAGUUUUGUUCAUAGUGUACCUCUCUUUCUCUCCAAUUUCGAUGGACGGAAUGCAUAAAUCUUCUGCUGACUCUAUGAGCAUAUUUAUUGGAUCC